UCCUCUUUUUUUAUUUAGUUUUUAUUAUUUAAAUACGAGAGUGGAGGGUUGAAAUAAAAAGAAGCAGUUCCUCUUCUUGCAUUAUUUGAUCUUAAGAAGAUAUUUAUAUAUGGCAAUAUAUGCAGGGAUUUCAGAAUUAUGAUUCGUCAAAUUUGGUAGGAGGGUUUUGAUAGAUAGAUAUAUUUAGUUUGGAAAAUAAGAGAGGAGGAAGUGUGAGUAAAGAGAAAAAAACUUUAUUAAAGUAAAGGAGGUAUGAUACUAAAAUAGAAAGGCUAGGUGAAGGAAGAGGAUAGUUUAGGAUGGGUGAAUAAAUGCUAAAGGUGGAAUAAUGUCAUUAGAUUUAUGAAAGUAAAAAAAUGGUGGAUUAGUAUGUGAUAGAUGAUGAGAAGAUGGAAUGAUUUGGGUAAAUAGUUUGAUCCGUGAGUUAUUUACUGGGCGCGUGAAGGAGGAAGGUAGAAAGGUGGAGCCCAGGAUGAUUCUCGGUCCCCAAGGCUCUCAAUCGAUGAAGCGUACGGGCACCUGAUUUUCUAGUGUAUGGUGUCUGGGGUAUGCACGAGCUGUACACUAUCAUGGGCAUCUUUCUUGGCAUUGCGGUGCUGCCACGGCUCUUUGAUGCCUUUUACCUAUUUCUUUCCCUUCCUCUAAAUACCAAAACGCACACACCCCCACUUCAACUAAAUUAAACCACUCCCAAAUAUCACACUCACCAUCUAAACUUUUUCUCAAUAUCAAUCAAAAUCAAAAAUAAAAAAACAAUUCAUUCCAUUAUUAUGGCUUCCAUUCUCCCUUAUCUUUCCCAAUUUCCACCCUUCUCUCUCUCCCUUUCCACCUCUCUCACUUCAAGCUCCUCAGCCCCCUUUUCCUAUGACCCCAUUCCAUUUCCAAAUCACCAAUCCUAAUUCCAAUUCCAAUUCCACUCCCACUCCCACUCCCAUUCCUUCAAUUUUUCCUAUCACCCUUCCCCCCACUUCCUCAUGAAGAGGAAUUUCCGAGACAACUGCGCCGGAGGAGCUGUCAAGGGUGAGUGCUCCUCAAUGCCCAACGGCAAGGCCAAGAUGUGGGAGGAAGACCGCCACCAGCAGGGAGGAGGGAUGGAUGAGUUGCUCGCGGCGUUGGGCUACAAGGUUCGUGCUUCCGACAUGGCAGACGUCGCACAGAAGCUUGAGCAGUUGGAGAUGGUCAUGGGGAGUGCCCAGGAAGAGGGAAUUUCCCACCUCGCUUCCGACACCGUUCACUAUGACCCUACGGAUCUCCAUUCAUGGGUCCAAAGCAUGUUGGCCGAACUCAACCCCGAACCCACCAACACCAUCCUCGAUCCCUCCUCCUUCUUGAUCGAAAACCCCUCCCACUCUUCCUCCAUCCUCACCUCCAACUCACGCGUUUUCAACGACGACUCCGAAUAUGACCUCAGAGCCAUUCCUGGAAUAGCCGCAUACCCUCCUCAAAACACCACAAACAACAACCCCACUGUUCACACCACCACUGCCACAACCACCACCACUAGCACCAAAGCCGUGGAAGAAAUCGAAACGACCACCAACAAGCGCCUCAAGGCUUCCCCAAUUGAAUCCUCAGAGUCCGCUUCGGAGCCCACGCGCCCUGUAGUCCUCGUUGACUCGCAGGAAGCCGGCGUGCGUUUGGUCCACACUCUCAUGGCGUGCGCGGAGGCCGUCCAGCAGGAGAAUCUGAAGCUGGCGGACGCACUGGUAAAGCACGUUGGCAUACUGGCUUCGUCUCAAGCCGGCGCCAUGAGGAAAGUGGCGUCGUACUUCGCCCAGGCCCUGGCGCGUCGAAUCUACGGCAUCUUCCCGGAGGAAACCCUCGAUUCCUCCUUCUCCGACCUUCUCCACAUGCACUUCUACGAGUCCUGCCCCUAUCUGAAGUUCGCACACUUCACCGCCAACCAGGCCAUUCUCGAGGCCUUCACCACCGCUGGGAGAGUCCACGUCAUCGAUUUCGGCCUCAAACAGGGGAUGCAGUGGCCCGCCCUCAUGCAGGCCCUCGCAUUGCGCCCUGGCGGUCCCCCAACUUUCCGCCUAACCGGAAUCGGCCCCCCGCAGCCCGACAACACUGACGCGCUGCAGCAAGUGGGCUGGAAGUUGGCCCAGUUAGCCCACACCAUCGGCGUCCAGUUCGAAUUCCGCGGAUUCGUCUGCAGCAGCCUUGCAGAUCUCGACCCAAACAUGCUAGAGAUCCGUCCCGGAGAAGCCGUGGCUGUCAACUCCGUCUUCGAGCUCCAUCGCAUGCUGGCCCGACCCGGAUCCGUCGACAAGGUCAUGGACACAGUGAAAAAGCUCAACCCCAAAAUCGUAACCAUCGUGGAGCAAGAAGCGAACCACAACGGACCGGUUUUCUUGGACCGGUUCACUGAAGCCUUGCAUUACUACUCGAGUCUCUUUGACUCGCUGGAGGGUUCUUCCUCCUCCAACGGGUUGGGUUCGCCGAAUCAGGAUCUGUUGAUGUCGGAGUUGUACCUUGGGAAACAGAUAUGCAACGUGGUGGCCUAUGAAGGCGUGGAGCGCGUGGAGCGUCACGAGACUCUGAGUCAGUGGAGGGGAAGAAUGAGUUCGGCCGGGUUCGACCCGGUUCAUCUCGGGUCUAACGCGUUUAAGCAAGCUAGUAUGUUGCUGGCUCUAUUCGCAGGCGGUGAUGGGUACAGAGUGGAGGAGAAUAACGGCUGCCUCAUGCUUGGGUGGCACACUAGGCCACUCAUCGCCACCUCCGCAUGGAAGCUUCCCGCGCCCGAGUCCUAGUGGGUUCACUCGCUGGGUUACCCGAGUUAACCAGCUGGACUGUACACUGUAGAUUAAUUGGAUCGUAGAUGAUGACGACGACGAUGAUCGUGGUAAAUCGGUAAAAAUGGUUUGAUUGAACUUGUUGGAGUGAGUCAGUGACCGAGUCAGGCAGCGAGGCAGAAGGAGGAUAAAUAAAGUGAGAGGAAAAAAAAAGCUAAAAGAAAAGAUAAAAAAAGAAAGACUGUAAUUUGUAAUUGUACUCCUAAUUACCGUUUCUCUUUUAGUGUUUUGAUUUUCCUUUCUCUAUAUUAUUAUUAUUAUAUUAUUAUUAUUACUAUUAUAUAAUUUGUUUAAUUCUUCUUAAA